CCCCGACUUCGGAUCAUAAAACAGCAGAUCUACUGACUGAUAGAUGUAUGAAGUAAAAACCAGGAAGACUACAAAACGUUCUGUGUGUUUUGUAGGGUUUACUAGUCUCAACUGACUUACUUUUUAUAAUCCCAAGCCGAAUGCCUCACCUGCCAUCCAGCCUGGAUACACCUUAUCGCAGAAGAGAUUCUGAGAAAGAGAGAGAGAGAGAGAGAGAGACAUCGCUAUCGUCCACUUUGAUCGCGGGUCACUUGCCCUGGCCUGCAGUUGGUGGACAUAACCUUGUAACCAGUUGUUUGUUUGGAAACAACGCAAGGAUGAGUUGGUAUGGAGCAAUCGCAAACAGGGUUGCUUCAGCCUUACCCGGUGGUUACUUCAGUGGGAGCCACGGUACUGAGCCCAAUGGUAGCCAGCAUCCAUCAGUUCACUAUAAUCAUGGCCAGUACCCGGCACAACCUUACGGCGGCGGACGUCGAGACUAUUCUGGAGCGCAAUACGGGCCACCAACUGGCUACAACUAUGGUCAGUAUGGUGGCAAGGAAUACAGUACUCGCUCAAGCAGAUACGAGGGCACUAGUUCCCAGCCAUCUCACCGCUACGAGCCCUACUCGCGAUCGUCAGCGCCGGCCACCAACCAGCCGUACGACACGUCCGCUUAUCGGCCUUACAUGCAGGGUGGCUCCAGUGCCGGCCCGAUGCGCACCGCGACAAAGACGAGCACAGCCUCCCAUCGCCAUGUCACUGUACAUGCACCCCCACCUGCCAAGCAAAGCAAAUCGAGCAGCAACACAUCAUCAUCGUCGUCAUCAUCAUCGACCAACGCGGCAAGUGCACAACCAACGAAGACAGCCAGUGCAGGAGUUAAACCGCCAGCAGCAACCGCCAGCAGCAGCAGCAACAGCAUGGCAAAUAGAUCACCUGAUGCAACCAGCUCAUCAGGCAAGUCUGCGCAAGCAACUAACAAAUCCAGUGCAGCACCACAGGCAACAUCCACCGCCAGCAAACCAUCCACUAUUACCAGCACUUCGAAUAAGCCGCCACCAGCAGCAGCAGUAGCAGCCGCGGGCACAUCACACAAACCCCCACAAGCCCCUAGCUCAUCCAGCGUGUCACCACAGGCAGCACCUGCAACAAGCAAGCCAUCACCCACAUCGACAUCAACAGAAACUGUGGCAAAAUCUACUACCGACACCAGUAGUGUAUCAGCACUGUGCAAAACAGAUAACCAGCCAACAAUGGCAGACAAGGGAAGUGAUUCAAAGAAUCCCACUGCAUCCACACAUGCUGCAGCGGUCAGCUCUCCCCUCCUUAUCGACUUGGUCACACCCGAAAAGACCUUGCCGAGUACAUCCGCGUCCACCGCCGCUACACGUGCCGCCACGACAGUCAGUUCUGACGUCGACCUCAUUACACCAGCCCAGGCCACUACUAGCCGCCAAGCCCUGGCCAAGAACUUUACCCAAGAGGUUGCUGCGACCAAGACACCAGCAGGUGGAAUGCAGCUCGAUUCGGCACGUCAUCGUGUGGCCGCGGCCAUGACGCCACUAGUUGGGAGAAACUUCAUGGUUACGCCCGGCCAAGACUACUUCCUGACACCGGACACAGUGAUGCAGCCCGCUCAGGCCUUCUCGAAUUCGUCUUUCUUCUAUUACGACUCCGAGAUAAAAUUGAACGAGAGCAACACAGUGGAGUUCAAAGCAGCUGGUGGAGGGAAGAGUAGCAACUACUAUCGCGACGUCUUUCCCGACCAUGUCGACCGGUAUGUGUCCGGGUUCUUGAACUCUCACAACGGCGGAUGGCUGAUGAUGGGCGUAUCAGACAACGGUCGUGUGUGCGGUACCUUUGCACCGCCACACGUACAGCGGCACAUGGAGGACACGCUUCGCGAUCGCCUCUUCUUCUUUCGGCCGCGGGUGUCCACUAAAUACUACAAUUUCUCCUUCAGGCCUGUCUAUACACGGCACAACCGGCACAUGCAAGAUCUCUACGUGGCCAUUAUUGAAGUGCAUCCGCUCAAAGCCAGCUCUGAUGUAACCACCAUCUUCGAGACGAAAGACCGCCGGGCUUAUAUGAAGUGUGAUGGGUCCGUGCAGGAGCUGACGGUGCAAAAGAUAGUGGAGCACGUUAAAGCAUCGUACGAUAAGGUGCUGCGGGAGCGUUUAGCAAAGUAGUGGCAUGUGUACUUGCACCACUACUCAAUCGGGUAAGCUCCGAGUGGAUUGUGUUCAGUUGAUUUCAAGUCCUUUUGUUGCUAUUUUCUUACCCAGCCCAUCAGUAUUGCGCUUGUACUGCUGUAUCGCUACUUGUACACACAACUACCCAUGGGUUCUUUGAUCAUUUCCGCUGACUGCUAGUAACCCGGGUGCUGACUUGCUCCGUAGCAAGGCUGUGAUGUCUGCUGUUCCGUGAACGUGACACGGGCCGUGUUGGUGUGUGGCACAUCACCAAGGAUCGGUGCAGUCUCUUGAGUUCUGAACUAACUUGACUUGCGAUAGGUACUGGGCAUGCUGCAGUGCUCCACAAAUCCAAUCCCAAAACUCUCUUUCCAAGACGUUGAUCCACAUCCCAUCGAUAUUUCUCUGUAUUACCACCAUCCACUGGAUUCAGACCUAAACGCUCGCAUCAGCGUGUUAUUUUUAACGUUAUUGCUCUUGCUUGUGUAGCAUGUUAUUGCUCUUGCUUGUGUAGCAUGUUAUUGCUCUUGUAAUUUUAUUAGUUGUUUAAUUUUAAAAGUAGCUCUUGUCCUGCCGUGCUAUCCUGUUUGUGUUGCAUAGUGUGCAUAAGUCCAUCUUUCAUCUGUUCUAAUGCAAAACACUAACCUAACCCCCGCACCCACAGUAACACUGUACACCACCCCACACUGCACAAUAUAGCUUCGUUUCCACGCCUUGUGAUCAUUUAACCACAUAUUCAUUUUCACUUUUUUUUGAAAUGCUCUGGGGAAGAUAUUUCAAAAUGUA